AUGUCCAAUAUUAACACAACUCUCCUCAACUCAAUUCAAAAGAUUGAGGUUGAUCUUGCCGAAAUCAAGCAAGCAUUGCGCGAGCUUCAAAGGCAAUUCAGCAAUCAAUUUGUGCCAGCAGUCAGUGCGGAAGAUCUAACUACAAUGCAACAAAGCAUUAUUGAGCAGAGUUCUCUUGAGCACAUUGCCAAGUCUGUGAAAAGAGCCCAGCUCACAGAGUACCCUGAUCAGCUCGAUUCUUCACGAGCAGGACUGGAAGGCGCGCUGCAAAGAAGUUCCACAAGGGCAGCCUUUGCCCCCAUUAGUCCCUCUUUCAGACCAUGA